UCCACAUGGGACAGCGCACAGUCCUUCCUCAGAAUGAGAUUACAGCAAUCAACAAGAUUAACUGAUUUCCGUUAAAUCGCUAGUAUAUUCUGGGGCGGCAUUACGAGGCUUCUCGUGGCUUAUAUAAGGAAUUUACGCGGGAGGAAUAAUAUAUCAGGGGGAAAAAUGAAGGAUUUGCCGGAAGAUUGGAAGGACUACCAACUCACGGUUGCGCUGCGCAUUCGACCGCUGAAUGAUGCCGAGAACGAGGAGGGAGCAACCAUAGUGGCGCAUAAGUUUGACCAUCAGAUGGUGGUGUUAAUGGACCCCUGUGAGGACCCUGACGAUGUCCUGAGGGCCAACCGCUCACGUGAAAAAACAUACAUGUUUGAUGUGGCAUUCGACUAUUCUGCAACCCAGGAGGAUGUUUAUGUGGCAACAACAAAAAAUCUUAUUGAUGGUGUUAUCGCAGGUUACAAUGCCACAGUCUUUGCAUAUGGACCCACAGGUGCAGGGAAGACAUACACUAUGUUAGGGUUAAAUUCUGAGCCUGGCAUUUACAUUCGAACACUCAAUGAUCUAUAUAGAACCAUUGAGAACAGCACUGAGGAUUUGGAUUGUAAUGUUUCUAUGUCAUAUAUUGAGAUCUAUAAUGAGAUGAUCAGAGAUCUGUUAAAUCCAUCCUCUGGAUACCUGGAAUUGCGUGAGGAUGCUAAAGGAGAAAUACGAAUUGCUGGCAUCACUGAAUUCUCUACAAGUAAUGCAAAAGAGAUAAUGGCUCUUUUGACCAAAGGAAAUAAACAGAGGACUCAGGAAUCAACCGCUGCAAACAAGACGUCAUCUCGUUCUCAUGCGAUACUUCAGGUGACCGUCAAGCAAAAGAGUCGUGUAAAGGAUAUCAACGAGGAGGUCAGAGUGGGAAAAUUAUUCAUGGUAGACUUGGCAGGAACUGAACGAGCAUCACAGACACAAAACAGAGGAAAGAGAAUGAAAGAAGGUGCACAUAUUAACCGCUCUCUGUUAGCACUGGCCAAUUGCAUCAAUGCCUUGAGCGAGAAGGGUGGAAAAGGUGCUCAGUUUGUCAAUUACAGAGACAGCAAACUCACCCGACUUCUUAAGGAUGCUUUAGGUGGAAAUAGUCGCACAGUCAUGAUUACCCAUAUCAGUCCUGCCAGCUCCAACUUUGAAGAGUCCAGAAACACACUGGUUUAUGCUGACAAAGCCAAAAAUAUAAGAACCAAGGUGAAGCGUAAUUUGAUGAAUGUUUCCUAUCACCUGGCCCAAUACACCAGCAUCAUUGCUGAUCUGCGAAGUGAGAUUGACCGACUUCGUGCAAAGAUUGACCAACAAAGUCAAGAGCAAAAGAAAGAAGAUAAAGCAGACAUUCAGGACAUUCAAGUGGAGGUGCAGCAGUACAGUCGUGGUGAGAUGGCUUUACUGCGGGAGCAGCUCCUGUCUGCUUUCAGAGAGCAGAUGGAGAUCAGGCGCAGCCUGAUGGAGCUGGAGAACUGUAACAUGGAACUCCAUAUAGACACUUCCAGACAUCUGCUUACCAUCUCAGAUUGGGAGCAGGAUCGAGCUCGUUGUGCUCAGCGAAGGAGAGACAGAGGUAAAGAUGACGAGCAGGAGAGCGGAACAGAGGAACCGCAGUAUGUUGCAGCCGCUCGUGAGGGGAUCGGCCCCCUGCUGGCUGAACAGAGAAAGACAAUGGCACUGAAACAUGAACUAGAGGAAAAAUUAUUGAACAUGAAACUGAAGUCAUCUAAGAUCGAGGAGUUGCUGCCUAAACGGAUCAGUAAUGAUGAACAAAGAGAGAUUCUGAUGCUGCUUUGUAAAGUCCACGAACUGGAGCUUGAAAAAACUGAAAUCCAGUCAGCCAUGCUCUGCAAGGAUAACACCCUCAGAACUAAAGACUUCAUCAUUCAGCGCCAUGAGCAGCAACGGACACUCUGUGAUGACAUCAUACAGCAGCAAAAGGCCCUAAUUGAAGGACAAGGAUUAUGUGUCCCUGAGGAAUUACAAGAGCUAUAUUCACUGUACUUUAGUGAACUGAGUGAUGGAAGCAUCGACCAAAUAGUCAACCUUCCUACUUUCACCACAAACCACAGAGCUAAUAGCUCCAUUAUGAUUAUGGCCAGGCAACUGAGACUUGAUGAUGUCAUCUCAGAUUUAAACUUUUGUCAAGAGGUGAAAAUACAGGGACAAAACACAAAGUUCAGUCCUUUAGAUAAACAUCCCCCUUAUUCCUCUUCAUCUGGACUAGACUAUGACAGUGACAGUAACAGAGUCUUCAAAUCAUCAUUUAAAAUUCAACCAUGGAGACAGCACCACUUAUCUUCUAGCACACCCUCUGCCAUGAAGCAGGAAUGUGCUGUUGAGGAAUCUGCCCCCAUAUGUCUUGCUGAACCUGUAAGUCCAGACACUCUGAGGGAAAUUGUUAGUGACACCAAAAGUAUCUUGGUCAUCGCAGAGAAACGCCGCUCCCACCUUCGAGUAAAGGAGUCCAGCUCCAAGCUGGCCAGUGUGACUUUGGCCACAGGGCUCAAGUCUUCAUUGAGCAUGGACAGUCUAGGGUCUACUUUGGCAGAUGAGACUUCUGAGGUCAAAAGAAGCCUGCCAAGACAUGGAAGAAGCUCUCAAUCAAACCAGGACCCAAAGAGAAAACAGGGCAGGGUGGAGUCGCCUGAUAGACUCCAACGCAAAAAGCGCUCAAGAUCUUUUGAAGCGAGCAAAAAGCAGGUACAAAAACCAAGGCAAAACCCUUCUAGGUAUCCAGCUUUGGAGAGCAUCUCAGACAACUGUCUUGUUCGACCAGCACUGAACAUAAUCCGGCCACUGAACGGUGAAUUGCAGAAGUUGGAGAUCAGGGGAACACCACCCAGUACCUUCCAUCAAAAAAACACAGAUGUCAAACAAGGACAACCCAUUUUUAAACGAAGAGGUCCAGCAGAUGUUUCUUACACUAGCACUCUCCUACAGGAACCAGGCAAUUUCAAGAAGCCUACCAAUGAAAAUGCAAGACAAAAAGGAAUGACUGACGUCAACAGAAACAGUGAAGCACGGCAAAAAUACAAACAAACUGUAAAAAAGUCAUCCUGAUAGAGAACAGAUAGCAAAACUAAAAAUUCUUAAUGAUGUUUUGUCUAUUUUGAUCAUUUUGCAUUAAAAUGUUACUGCUGAGUUUGUUGUAAAGUGACAUAAUUUCAUUACAUUUUAUUUCAGCAUUUUAUCAGAUAUGCAUUCUAAGUCGAGAAACAACACUGGCUGCACCAUGUGUGAUAAUGUUCACUUUGAUAAUGAAAAACCUAUUUGCACUUUUAUGAGGUUAUACAUUGAGUUUGGGUAUAAUUUUGUAAUUUUGGCAUAAUUGUAAACCUUUUUACUUUCUAAACCUAAUACUUACCAAAUAUGGUGUAGUAUAAAAUUGGUGAAAUGUUCAUGCUCUCUCCCACUCACUCACUCUUUGUGUGUAAGUCCUCCUUUCACUUUCACACAAAGCCCUUUCAAAUCCUGCAAGAGGCCCCUCCCUCACAUUGGUUUGGAUAUUUUUGUAUCAUACUGUAGGCCUACAGUACGCGAGUCUACCCUGUCAACCUCUUCUCCGCAUGCCCGCUAAAUGUGGGAAAAUGGAUUGAAUGUCAUCACAAUCUUCAAAUGAGAGUAGCCUACACUAAAGAUAAUAAAAUGGAACUUGCAUAGAAUAAACUAAAUGAACCAACUAUUGUGUGAUGAGCUUUGUGUCAUCUGCACGCACUACAGUCAUUUUAAACCAUCCAGUAACAUGCAACUAUGUUUUGAAAUAAAAUACAACAUGAAAAUAAUUAAUAAAAAUCACUCAAAAUGAUUUAGUCUGCUAAUCGUUUGAAGCGUAAUUUGUAAAAUCGUCAGUUGCACUUUAUUUUAAAGUAUGUGUACUUUCAGUAUACUUACAUUGUACUUAACCAAGCAGUACUGAGUAAUAUU